ACAGUAAGACUCCAGUGUCUACCUUCCUUUGUCCUUUAUUAAAAAACGUUAUGCCAAAUACAUACCAUAAGAUAAAUACAGACUAGUCUUUGCAAAAUACUCCAAUUUAAGCAUUGCAAUUACUUUAUGAGCUUGAAAUCAAAUGUAUAUAUAAAUAGGGCAGAAUUAUAGUUAAAUUAAAGGAGAUAGUAAAACAAAAACAGAAUAGAUGAUUUGAAAUGGUGAUUUCCAUAUUUAGCAGUGGCGAUAGCAUAGAAUAGAAGGCAGGAGGCGAAAUGCAAGGUUGAUCUCUCCUAUAUUUGAGUGUAAGAAGUAAGAUUGACCUCGAAAAAUGGAUGGUGCUGUUGGAGUUGAAUGGAAAGGAAUGCUUGAGGAAGUACCUCAUAUUUAUUGUGCAAAAACUCUUGUAUAAGCUUACAAUGGGUUCACCCCAAGGAAGAAGUCAUCAUGGAAAUGAAAACCUUGGGCUGCUGCUUUCUUCUCUUCUUCUCUCUCCUCACAUUCCCUUCCUUUGGAACCAAACUCCCCCCGACUUGCAAAUGCGACUGUCAAGAUGACGAGCCAACCCCAAAGCUAGCCAAUCCCAGGCUAGAACGAGCCUACAUAGCCCUCCGGGCCUGGAAAAAAUCCAUCUACUCUGAUCCCAAUGGCUUCACAACCAAUUGGAAGGGCCCCGACGUGUGCAGCUACAACGGCGUCGUCUGCGCCAAGGCCUUGGACGACGCUAGCAUCGACGUGGUGGCCGGCAUUGACCUCAACCACGGGGACAUCGCGGGGCAUCUCCCCCCGGAGAUCCAGCACCUGGCUGAUGUCAGCCUUCUUCAUCUCAAUUCCAACAGGUUCUGCGGGAUCAUCCCAGAGGAGAUCAAGAAUCUGAAGCUCCUGUUCGAGCUGGACGUGAGCAACAACCGUUUUGUAGGGGACUUCCCGGAGGUGGUGCUGGAGCUGCCGCAGCUCAGGUACCUGGAUCUCCGGUACAACGAGUUCGAAGGGGAGCUGCCCCCGCAGCUCUUCGACAAGCCCCUCGACGCUAUUUUCUUGAACAACAACAGAUUCCACUCCACCAUCCCGGACAACUUGGGGAACUCCCCGGCCUCCGUCAUCGUCCUCGCCAACAACCAACUCUACGGGUGCAUCCCGCCCAGCAUUGGCAAGAUGGCGGGAAAUUUGGACGAGUUCGUGGUGUCGCACAAUGAGCUGUCUGGGUGCCUGCCGGAGGAGAUCACCAUGCUCAACACCACCAAGCUUUUCGACAUCUCGAACAACAAGUUUAUGGGAGACCUGCCGCAGGGGAUGGAGUACCUGCAGAAAAUAGAGGUGCUCAAUAUUGCCGGCAAUAAGUUCAGAAGCAAAGUUCCAGAAAACGUUUGCACUUUGCCCAAUCUCAAGAACUUCACCUACUCGUUCAACUUGUUUGACGCCGAAGAUCCCGAGUGUCGCCCCAACGCGCUGCCUGUGGUGGCCUUCGACGGCAGGAAGAAUUGCUUGCCGCGAGAACCCAAUCAGAGGUCCGAGAAGGAGUGCCGCAUAGCCUUGAGCAAGAAGGUCGACUGCAAUGCCGGUUGCCGGCCCCCAACUAUAGGUCAUUCGCCUAAGCAAGAAACUCCUUCCAAACCACCCAAGUCCCAACCUCCUAAGCCCCAACCAUCUGCACCGUCUCCUCCUAAACCCACUCCAGCUCCUAAACCCACACCCACACCAUCAAAGCCGGAGCAUAAACCCACAUCUCCGCCCAAGCCUCAACCCACGCCAUCAAAGCCGGAGCAUAAACCCACACCUCCGCCCAAACCUCAACCCACACCACCAAAGCCGGAGCAUAAACCCACACCUCCGCCCAAACCUCAACCCACACCACCAAAGCCGGAGCAUAAACCCACACCUCCGCCCAAGCCUCAACCCACACCACCAAAGCCGGAGCAUAAACCCAUCCCUCCGCCCACGUCUGAACCCACACCACCAAAGUCGGAGCAUAAACCUACACCUCCGCCCAAGCCUGAACCCACGCCAUCAAAGCCAGAGCAUAAACCCACACCUCCGCCCAAGCCUCAACCAACGCCACCAAAGUCGGAGCAUAAACCCACGCCAUCGCCCAAGCCUGAACCUACACCACCAAAGCCGGAGCAUAAACCCACACCUCCGCCCAAGCCUGAACCGACGCCACCAAAGCCGGAGCAUAAACCCACACCAUCGCCCAAGCCUGAACCCACACCACCGAAGCCGGAGCAUAAACCCACACCUCUUCCCAAGCCUGAACCGACACCAUCAAAGCCAGAGCAGAAACCUACACCUCCGCCCAAGCAUGAACCAACACCAUCAAAGCCGGAACCUACACCUUCACCGAAGCCUGAACCGACGCCAUCAAAGCCAGAGCAGAAACCUACACCUCCGCCCAAGCCUGAACCCACGCCAUCAAAGCCAGAACCCACACCUUCACCGAAGCCUGAACCGACGCCAUCAAAGCCGGAGCAUAAACCCACACCUUCACCCAAGCCUGAACCGACGCCAUUAAUGCCAGAGCAUAAACCCACAGCUCCGCCCAAGCCUGAACCCACACCAUCAAAGCCGCAACCUACACCUUCGCCGAAACCUGAACCGACGCCAUCAAAGCCGGAGCAUAAACCCGCACCUCCACCCAAGCCUGAACCGACGCCAUCAAAGCCGGAGCAUAAACCCACACCUCCGCCGAAACCUGAACCGACACCAUCAAAGCCAGAGCAUAAACCUACACCUCCACCAAAGCCCGAACCGAAGCCUGAGCCAACAGCUUCCCCACCUCCUAAGCCGGAAAAGCCGCCAACACCACCUAAGCCAUCGUCGCCUCCUCCUACAAAGGAGACACCGUCUCCCACCCCCUCACCAAAACCUCCUAAGCCAUCUCACAAGCCACCACCUGCUCCUGAGAAGCCAGUGAAUGCUGCUCCACCACCUACCGGCGGAUCGGACUCAUCUCCUCCACCUGCGGUCGCAAAACCACCACCAAAACCUGUUUCCUCACCGCCGCUGCCACCACCAAAACCUGUUGCCUCGCCACCACCAAAGCCUGUUUCCUCUCCACCGCUGCCACCACCAGUUCCCUCGUCUCCACCACCAGAACCUGUUCAUUCACCACCACCUGUCAGCUCACCUCCGCCUCCAGUCCACUCUCCACCACCUCCAGUCCACUCUCCACCACCUCCGGUCCAAUCUCCGCCGCCUCCGAUCCACUCUCCACCACCUCCUGUGCAAUCUCCGCCGCCUCCUGUCCAAUCUCCGCCACCUCCGGCCAAAUCUCCGCCGCCUCCUGUCCACUCUCCGCCACCUCCAGUCCAAUCUCCGCCGCCUCCUGUCCACUCUCCGCCCCCUCCGGUCCAAUCUCCGCCGCCUCCUGUCCACUCUCCGCCGCCUCCGGUCCAAUCUCCGCCGCCUCCGGUCCACUCUCCGCCCCCUCCAGUACACUCUCCGCCGCCUCCUGUCCACUCUCCGCCCCCUCCAGUACACUCUCCCCCACCUCCGGUCCAGUCUCCGCCACCACCAGUCCAAUCCCCACCACCGCCAGUGUUCUCUCCUCCACCACCACAACCCGUCUCAUCUCCGCCGCCAGAACCGGUUCAAGCGCCACCUCCUGUCAAUUUCCCUCCUUCCAAAAUCCCCGGUAUCGUUGGUGGCAGCUACUCAUCUCCGCCGCCACCACUAAUUCCAGGCUAUUAA